CCGAUUAUUGAUAUCGAAAUUUGAUUGCGACAGACUUGAAAGUGGAAUUUCCAAAAAAGGACUGCCAAAAAGUGCUAAUAAGACUAUAAAGAGAUCAACAGACAACCUAAAUUUAAGCUUCAAUAGUUACAGGACAGGCAUUUAGCAUGUCAGUCUUCAGUUGGGGAUGUACUCAAGAUGGACAGCUGGGAAUCUCUGGCCUUGGAGACGACGUUCCGUCCUUGUCUUCGCCCAGAGAGGUUCCUGCUCUUGCUGGUAAGCAGAUCCGUGAGAUAAGCUGCGGACUACGUCACACCUGUGUUCUCCUUCGUGAUGGGACAGUGAUGAUGUGUGGAGCCAAUGAUAGAGGCCAGUUGGGCCAGGACAGACCUGGAUCUGAGCUUGCCCAUGUACCUGCUACAGAGACCUUGGUGAUCACUCAAGUCUCCUGCGGUAAUGAUCACACCCUAGCGGUCACAGAUAGAGGUCAAGUUCUAGGAUGGGGUCGAAAUGACAGGGGUCAGUGUGGGUUGUCCACUGGAGACAGUGAAGACAAGAGAAAACCAAGAUUUUUGAAGAGCUUAUCAUCAUGCCAGGUUGCACAAGUAGUAUGUGGAUCUAUGCACUCCAUGGCCCUUACAAGAGAUGGCAGAAUAUUUGCAUGGGGUGACAAUUCGUUUGGACAACUUGGCAUCGGAGCCCCCGGACGGACUCUGUACAGAGAUCAUCCACAGCAGCUAUCUUCCCUCCCUGGUGUCCCGAUCAGGAGGUUGGCUUGUGGGGGUUGGCACUCCUUCGCCCUGUCCGUCUCUGGGGCUGUCUUUGGUUGGGGCAAGAACAACUGCGGACAACUGGGCCUUGGAACAACAGAAGAUAGAGUCUCCCCAACUCCACUGAAGAAUCUAAAAACUAAACAGGUGAAAUACAUUGCCUGUGGACAGAACUAUACAGCUAUACUCACAGCAUCCGGGGGACUGUUCCUCUUCGGCCAGGGGUCAGAAGGUCAGUUGGGUCAUGGGUCACACAGCAACGAGGUCAACCCAAGGAGUGUCCAGGGCUUCCUGGGCAGUGAGAUCACACAGGUGGCUUGUGGAAGGCAGCACACUCUUGUCCUGGAGGGCCGCACUGGAAGGUUCUUCUCCUUAGGUCAAGGAAGCAAAGGUCAGCUUGGACUUGACAAUGACAGUUCCAAGUCUUGUGCAAGUCCUGUUCCUGGUCCAUGGGAAGCACCAAGUAGUACUGAGGGAUGUUCCAAUGGAGAGGAGUCUAGGUCUAUCAUUGGGUCUAUCUUUGCAGGUGGAGACCAGUCAUUUUGUAUUGUCUCGAGGGGAAAUGACCCUGAUCAUCCUCUUGACUUUAGGGAAGCGAUUCCAAGCAUAGAGCCUGUAGUUUUAACAAAAGAUUUGCUGCAAGAAGUGUCAGAAAGUAGUCCUCUACUAGAGCCGUCCAAAGCAGUGCAGACCCUAGAAAUGGCCCUCUCAUCUCCAGCUUGCCUCAAUGCAUCCUUCCUUGUUGGGAAUGAUGAUCAUAACCCUUGUAAUAAUGCGAGUGAGAAGCAUGGCGUUGAUUUGGAUGCUGCGAGGUCAGCAUUUGAAUGCCUCUCAGGAAAGAUGGACAUUAUUAAAUUGAUCUCAGGGAUCCUCAACACACAUCUCAUCCCCACCAUUCAGAAACACCCCUCAGUAUACCCGUUGCCUGAAUGCCUUAGGCUCUACCUCUUAAUAAUGGAAUGUCCCGCUCUCAGCCACCCUGAGCAACAGUGGUGCAGACAAACCAUUCUUCAGAUAGGGAAGGCCCUACUGAAUUUGCCAUCAACAGCUGAGGAAACGAUAGACAGAUGGUGGUCGGGCCUGCAACCGCGCCAUCUCAAUCGUAUCUUGACCGUUCAUAUGGACUGUGUAGUGUCCAUCUUAGAGUCCCGGUCAGCAUCCACUACAGGGGAUCUCCAAGCACAGUGGACAGCUGUUAGGGUGCUUCAUAAACUACACAAGCUCAAUCUCAGAAGUGGGGAGAUUCUACCUUACUACAAGUUCCACAUACCAAACAUUGGCAAGUACAUCAAUAUGCAGGAUGACUUCCUACAGUUCUUCAAGAAUACAGUCUUACAUAGCACGGGUUGUGAUUCCAAGACAUUCUGUGACUACCCGUUUGUGUUUGAUGCUGACAUGAAGUCUUCACUUCUACACCUCGAUGCUCUUCUUCAGAUGCAGUUUGCCAUGGAAGAAGUCCAGCGUGUCAACUUUGCCAGCGUCUUCUUCAACAUGGACCCGGUGAACCCGUGCCUCAUCCUGUGCGUCAUGAGAGAGAACCUGGUCUCGUCAGCCAUAGAUCAGCUCGGUCAUCUAGAUAAGAGUGAGCUCAAGAAACCUCUCAAGGUCAUCUUCGUUGGAGAGGAGGCCAUCGAUGCUGGAGGCGUCCAAAAGGAAUUCUUUAUGCUGAUUAUGAGAGAGAUCUUAGAUCCUAAGUAUGGCAUGUUCAGAUACUUUGAUGACUCAGGAAAAAUCUGGUUUAACAGCAAGUCGUUUGAAGACACUAAGAUGUUUCGCCUUGUCGGUCUCGUCUGUGGUCUAGCUAUCUACAACAACAUGAUCAUCUCACUGCCCUUUCCAUUAGCUCUCUACAAGAAACUCUUAGAUAGUGAGACAAGCCUGGAUGACUUCAAGCAUCUAGAACCCCAGGUUGCACAUAACCUCCAAUCCAUGCUUGACUAUGACGACCCAGAGACCUUCGGCGAUACCUUCCCUCUCUUCUUCCAGAUCGAUGAGGAUAACUUUGGAGAGGUGGAGACAAGCGAUCUAGUUCCCAACGGCUCAGAGAAAGAACUAACCUUCCAGAAUAGGAAUGAGUAUGUUGCGGCCUACGUGAACUAUCGCCUCAACGAGUCUGUGAAGGAGCAAUUUGAGGCCUUCAGCAGUGGAUUUCUAGAAGUGUGUGGUGGGCAUGUCCUGAGGUUCUUUCAUCCUCAAGAACUCAUGGCGAUGGUCAUCGGUAAUGAGGAGUUCAACUGGGAUGAGCUGGAGGAGAAUGUUGAGUACAAGGGAGAGUACAGUGCAGGACAUCCUACCAUCAAGUUCUUCUGGCAAGUCUUCAGAGAGAUGUCAGUGGAAGACAAGAAAAAGUUUCUGGUCUUCCUCACUGGCAGCAAUCACGUGCCUAUCCAGGGCUGGAAGAGUCUUCAGGUCAUCAUCCAACCCGUCAAAGGAGGAGAGGAGUUCUUCCCUGUCGCUCAUACGUGCUUUAAUCUCCUAGACCUACCCAUCUACACAAGUGAAGAGGUUCUCAAAGAAAAGUUAUUAACAUCUAUAGAACACACAGAGGGAUUCACGUUAGCAUAGGUAUAAUUGAUACAUGAAUGUUAUCUCAUCUGUAAUGCUCGAUGCUGGAUGGUUAUUAGCAAUAUGGUUUAAAGCUGCUGCAAUCUUCUAGGCCUACACAUCUACACAAGUAAAGAAGUGCUCAAAGAGAAGCUACCAACCGCUAUAGAAAAUACAGAGGUAUUCAUGUUAGCAUAGUUAUAUCUUAGGCUAUAUGUGUCUGUGUAGUCCCAUCUGUUAUGUUCUAUGCUGGAUUGUUACAAAAAUCUUGAUGCAUGUAGAAAUUGGAACAGUGAUACAUAGUAUGUAAAAAUACAUGUAUGAUAUCAGCUAUAAGAAGAAGCAAUAUUAAAUGUCUGGCUGAAUAUUAAUCUCCUUUUGGUAUUCAAAUUACUCUUUAUUGUGACAGUAUCAAUGUAAAUAGUCCUACUCAAAAACAAUCUAACUGAAAUACAUUUUGUAUCUAAAAUGAAGCAACUCGGGCAUUACUCAUAAACAUGUGGGUUAUCUGUCACAUGCAAUUCAGUUUUAUGUUAGUUCAGGGUUUUGAUGAGAUGUAGUGUUAGGUCCAAGAUCAAAGUUGGGAGUGUCGUGGUCGAGGGUUCGAAUCCCGACACGGCAUUAAUAUCCUUUGG